CCUACAGAUCCGCUCCGGGGAUGCAGGUGAUACAGCCGGACUAAGACCGCUCUCAUGUGCAGUGUGGAGAAACAGAAAACUGCAUUCUGCUCUGCGCAUUAGUGGAUAUGAAGCGAUCUGGUGGAGGAAUUUUUUGAGCGUACUUUUCUUUUUUUUUUCUUUUGCAGAGGAAUCAGAAGAGGAGACGUGAAGGCGUUUUGAAGGAGCCUCGAGGUCAGGAUGAUGCAAGAACAAGGAUCUUCGGUGGUUUAAUUCCUCUGGGAGGAAAAGACGGAUUAGGGAGAAGUAGAGCAAGGUGACAGAGGACCAUGCACACUUUCUCUUGUCCACUGGAUGCGAGAUAGCUGCGAUGCCCUUUGCUAUGUAAAAGAAUAUACUAAUUUAUCUCCUACUCGAGCCCUUCCUUUCAUAUUGAGGAAUACUGUGUGUCUCAGCUGUAUUCACAGACCAAAAGUUUGAGAUCCGUUUUAUGAACUCCGUUGCUGUCUGAAGGGUGCCCACUGAUGGAGAAAAGAAGGAGAGAUUUUGGAGAAAAGAGAUUCCUAUCCACAGAGUGAGAAAGAAACCGAGAAGUAUCUGCUGAAGAGGCAGAACGGGGAAUACGGCCCUUGGAGAGUUUGAGCACUCUACCCUACAGUCAGUUACAUAAUCUCCCACUGGAGAAAGAACAUAAAGUGAACACAGGAAGUGUUUUGACAGCUAUCCUACCCGAUAUUAACCUUUGUUUAUAAGUCGAUCUGUCUAUUUUAUCAGGAUUUAUUCUCUUAGUUUGUGGUAGAAUGACGAGAGAAACCAGGUCUUCAUGGUGGCCCCUGUGGCUCUUAGUCUUAAUGGGUUACUUUGUAACUGCAGAGGCCUUGGAGUUUGGUGGAGCACCGGGUCAGUGGGCUCGCUAUGCCCGCUGGGAAGCAGGCUCGAUCGGAGAGCUAAGCUUCAGCCUGAAGACCAAUGUGAGCAAGGCUCUCGUACUCUACCUAGACGAUGGAGGCAAUUGUGACUUUUUGGAGCUCCUGAUCGCAGAGGGACACCUGAAGCUGCGUUUUGCUAUCCACUGCGCCGAGCCGGCUACCAUACACAUGGAGACUCGUGUCAGUGAUGACCGCUGGCACAUGGUCCUUCUCACACGCAACUAUCGCGAGACCAUGCUGAUGGUGGAUGGUGAGACCAAAGUGGCAGAGGUCCGCUCUAAGCGCAGGGAGAUGGCUGUUGUCAGCGACCUAUUUGUGGGAGGUAUUCCACCGGACGUUCGCCUGUCUGCCCUCACCUCCAGCACGGUGAAGUAUGAGCCUCCGUUUCUGGGUCUUAUUUCCAACCUGAAGGUUGGCGAGAUGCCUCCUACUCUGCUCAACAGCCAAGGAAUUCAGAGCGACCUGGAGUACUUGUGUACCAAGCAGAACCCGUGUCUCAAUGGAGGAUUCUGUGUUGUCCAGUUUGGAGAGGUGCAUUGUGAUUGUUCUCACACACGCUUCAGGGGGAAAUACUGCAAGGAAGAAGAUUACCCCGUGGAAGGUCUGGCGCACCUGACGUUAAACAGCCAAGGUGAUUCAUCGCAAGUGGCAGGUAAAGAAGAAUCGGUGGCAACGUUCAAAGGCAACGAGUUUUUCUGCUACGACCUGUCCAUGACCCCCAUCCAGAGCAGCACGGACGAGAUCACGCUGUCCUUCCGAACCCUGCAGCGGAAUGGCCUCAUGCUCCACACGGGCAAGUCUGCCGAUUACGUCAACCUGUCGCUGAAGAGUGGCGCCGUCUGGCUCGUCAUCAACCUCGGUUCGGGCGCUUUCGAGGCACUCGUCGAACCCGUCAAUGGCAAGUUUAACGACAACGCCUGGCACGACGUCAAGGUCACGCGAAACCUGCGGCAGCACUCAGGCAUUGGACACGCUAUGGUAAACAAACUGCAUUAUAUGGUGACCAUAUCAGUGGAUGGCAUUUUAACCACCACUGGUUACACACAGGAGGACUAUACUAUGUUGGGCUCAGAUGAUUUCUUCUACAUCGGUGGGAGUCCGAACACGGCUGACCUUCCAGGAUCACCGGUUAGCAACAACUUCAUGGGCUGCCUUAAAGAUGUCGUCUACAAGAACAACGACUUUAAACUUGAGCUGUCUCGGCUGGCCAUCGAACGUGACCCAAAGAUCAGUCUCCACGGUGACUUGGUGUUCCGCUGUGAGGACGUAGCAGCGCUCGACCCUGUGACUUUUGAGACUCCUGAGUCGUACAUCGCGCUCCCUCGCUGGGACACCAAAAAGACCAGUUCCAUCUCUUUUGACUUCCGGACGACGGAACCCAGCGGCCUGCUUCUCCUCAGCCACGGCAAGCCGCAGGGCAACAAAGAGCAGCGUCACGGACGUGAACUGAAAACCGACUACUUCGCCAUGGAGCUAUUGGAAGGUUACUUGUACCUGCUCAUGGACAUGGGCUCUGGGAGCAUCAAGCUCAAAGCCAGCAAUAAGAAGGUCAAUGAUGGGGAGUGGUGUCAUGUUGACUUUCAAAGGGAGGGGAGGAAAGGUUCAAUUUCGGUGAACAGCCGCACCAUGCCUUUCAACUCCAACGAGGGCAGUGAGAUUCUUGACCUGGAUAGUGAUAUGUACCUUGGCGGACUUCCGGAGUCUCGCCAGGACCUCAUUCUUCCCCCGGAGGUGUGGACAGCAUUGCUGAACUACGGUUAUGUGGGCUGCGUGCGCGACCUCUUCAUUGACGGAAAGAGCCGUGAUGUCCGCCGCUUGGCAGAGAUCCAGAGCGCUCUGGGGGUCAGCAGCUUCUGUACCCGGGAGCUUCAGAAGAGGUGCAGCAGCACGCCUUGUGGAAACGGAGGACUCUGCAAGGAGGGCUGGAACCGAUAUAUCUGUGACUGCACAGGCACCGGAUACCUGGGCAGCAACUGCGAGAUAGAAGCCACAGUGUUGAGCUAUGACGGCAGCAUGUAUCUGAAGAUCAUCAUGCCGAGCACCUUGCACACCGAAGCAGAGGACCUGACCCUCCGUUUCAUGUCCCAGAGAGCCUAUGGCCUUCUGGUAUCCACAACCUCCAAAGAGUCUGCAGACACGCUCCGCCUGGAGCUGGAUGGUGGACGGGUCAAGCUCACUGUCAAUCUGGAUUGUAUCAGGAUAGACUGUAACCUCAGUAAAGGUCCUGAAACUCUGUAUGCCGGCCAGAAGCUCAAUGAUAACGAAUGGCAUUCAGUAAAAGUGGUGCGCAGAGGCAAGAAUCUGCAGCUGUCUGUGGACAAUGUCACCACUGAAGGUCAGAUGACCGGUGCCCACACCCGCCUUGAGUUCCACAACAUUGAGACCGGCAUCAUGACAGAAAGACAGUUCAUCUCUGUUGUCCCGUCCAACUUUGUCGGCCACCUACAGGGACUGACGGUCAAUGGCGUACCCUAUCUUGACCAGUGCAAGAACGGCGAUAUCUCCUACUGCGAGCUCAACGCCCGCUUCGGCAUGCGCCACAUCAUCGCAGACCCCGUGACCUUCAGGAGCAAAGGGAGCUACCUGGCGCUGGCUACACUACAGGCGUACGCCUCCAUGCACCUUUUCUUCCAGUUCAAGACCACCAGCACUGAUGGCCUGAUCCUCUACAACAGUGGAGAUGGAAGUGAUUUCAUUGUGGUGGAGCUAGUUAAAGGGUAUAUCCACUACGUCUUCGACCUGGGCAAUGGACCCUCUCUGAUGAAAGGCAACUCAGACAAGCAGCUGAACGACAACCAGUGGCACAACGUGGUGGUUUCCCGCGACACCAACAACAUGCACACACUGAAAAUCGACUCCCACACCGUCACCCAGCACUCCAAUGGAGCCCGCAAUCUGGACCUUAAAGGAGAGCUUUAUAUAGGUGGUGUGGGGAAGACGAUGUAUAACAGUCUGCCUAAGCUGAUUGCGUCCCGGGACGGCUACCAGGGCUGCCUGGCGUCCGUGGACCUGAAUGGGAGGCUGCCAGACCUGAUUGCAGACGCCCUCCACAGGGUGGGCCAGGUGGACCGAGGAUGCGACGGACCCAGCACCACCUGCACGGAGGACUCCUGCCAUAAUCAGGGGGUGUGUCUGCAGCAGUGGGAGGGCUUCUCGUGCGACUGUAGCAUGACGUCCUACGGAGGCUCGUACUGCAGCGAUCCUGGGACUACCUACAUCUUUGGCCGUGGAGGAGCCCUCAUCACCUACACAUGGCCUCCCAAUGAUAGACCUAGCACAAGGGCAGACCGACUGGCUGUAGGCUUUAGCACACAACUUAAAGAGGCUGUGCUGCUACGGGUGGAAAGCGCCAAAGGACUAGGAGACUACUUAGAACUUCACAUAGAGCGGGGAAAGAUCGGCGUCAUCUUCAACGUGGGAACGGACGACAUCGCGAUCGAGGAGAACGGAGUGGUGGUGAGCGACGGCAAAUAUCACGUGGUUCGCUUUACUAGGAGCGGCGGAAACGCUACACUGCAGGUGGACAACCAGCCUGUCAUUGAACGCUUCCCAUCAGGAAACUUUGAUAAUGAGCGCCUGGCUAUUGCCAGACAAAGAAUCCCAUACAGACUUGGUCGGGUAGUAGACGAGUGGCUACUCGACAAAGGUCGGCAGUUGACGAUCUUUAACAGCCAGGCGUUCAUAAAAAUCGGCGGUGGUGAAAAAGGCCGCAACUUCCAGGGUCAGAUCUCGGGCCUGUACUACAACGGCCUGCAGGUCCUAAAGCUAGCGGCGGAGGGUGACCCGAACGUGCAAGUGCAGGGCAACCUGCGUCUGGUGGGCGAAGUGCCCUCGGUACUCACCACAGACACCACAUCCACCACGCCGCUUGCAGACAUGUCCACCACUAUUAUGGAGACCACAACCACCAUGGCCACCACCACCACUCGCAAGCAGCGCUCACCCACCAUGAGAGACACUGUCACACAGAACACAGAUGAUCUGCUAGUAGCGUCAGCAGAAUGUCCUAGUGAUGAUGAGGAUUUAGAGGAGUGUGAGCCUGGCGGAGGUGAAUUAGUGUUGCCCAUAAUAACUGUGGAUUCACUAGAUCCCCCUUCAGUUGCAACAAGGUACCCAGUUAUCCCUCCACCCCCUACCUACCAUCCCUUCCUCACACUGCUUGAGACCACAAAAGAGUCCAUGUCCCAUUCCAAUGGCCAUGCGCCAUGUCCAAUGGACCAGGAGGAUUGUGAGGAGGCCAUGGAGGUCUCGGCUUAUGGCUCGGGCGAAAUGACCGAGUCAGAUGACGAGGACUAUUACAAAAACUCCCCCCUUGUCACAGACCGAACCGUGCUUCCACCUCCUCCGGCGGUAGCCGAAAACCCACGUGGCGAUCGCCACUUUUCUCGUCCUCCCAACUCCCAGCGACCCCUGCUUCCAUCCACCCCCACGACCUCACCACGACUAAAACCCAAUAUCAAGAGUGGCCCUAAUAUUCCAGCAGGCAAAAUGAACACCCGAGAUCAAGUGCUCCUGCCACCCGUCCAGCCUUCCGCGGACCCCGAACAUGGCGGGCGGCACAGGCACAUUCCUGGUAUAACCAACCCUCCUAAUUUUCCUACAGCAGAGCCCUCGUCUCCUGACCGAGGCCCUCCAGGUGCAGUGGAGGUGAUCCGGGAGUCCAGCAGCACCACAGGGAUGGUGGUGGGGAUUGUCGCGGCAGCUGCCUUGUGCAUCCUCAUCCUCCUGUACGCCAUGUACAAAUAUCGAAACAGAGACGAAGGUUCUUACCAAGUGGACCAGAGCCGCAACUACAUCAGUAAUUCAGCCACGCAGAGCAAUGGGACUCUGGUGAAGGAGAAACAGUCUGGUACAACCAAAACGGGGACCAAGAGCAAGAAGAACAAAGACAAGGAAUACUACGUUUGAGCUCAGGCUUGACAGGGACCGAGACAGAACAGAGAGAGUGAGAGAGAGAGAGCGAGAGAGAGAGUUUAAUACUGAGGAAACAGAGUUCUGCUUUUUGUUGGCAAUCAUUCUCAUUCACCCUUCCCAACUAUAGUUUCCAUUCCCAAACAAGUUCUAUGAAAUAACAGAGACAGCAACAAAAAUAGAUAGAGAUUGCUUUCUUUCCUUCGACCUUUUGAUGGAUAUCGCUAAUAACAAUCGUACUGUUGGGUAAAUGCAAAUUGGAUUUGUUCCGUUGUAGUACCCAUUCCACACUCUUGCUCGUUGUAAAUACCAUGCUAGUCUUGGGUCAUCAAAAUCUUCAGCAUCACCUAACCUUUCGUCACAACACCAAUAUGUGCCAAGACCAAAAGAUUUCUCUUUAUGAAGACGUUCAGAAAAGGCUAGCUAUACGUAUCUGAAUCAUUUCAACGAGCACCGCUUAAAUCCAAGUGAGUGUUGGACAAAUAUUAAAGUGUUGGGGGUGUUAAACAUGAAAGUUGGAAAGGCGGUGAUAUUUAAGAGACAAUGUAGACCAAACAGUCGUGCCAGUCCAAAUUACUGCCAAACCAUCUCAGUGUCAAAUCUGCCUCCCUUUCUGCUCUAAGUAUUCAUAUAUUCUUAUUUCUCUCUCUUGUCUCAUUCAAUCCCUCUCUCUCUCUCUCUCUCUCUCUCUCUCUCUCUCUCUCUCUCUCUCUCUCUCUCUCUCUCUCUCUCAUUCUCUCUUUCCCUGUUUGGCUUGUACUCUUCAAUUCCUCUCCUUGUCUUUGGUGCUCAGGAGCUGAUGCAACAUAAGUUCUGCUGUGUUUCAAGCAUGUAGUAUUCCUUAACGAAAAUAACAGAAAUUAACCUGUCGAGUUUCUGUGGAGUUUAAAAAAAAUACCUAUAACAAAAAAGUUGCAACAAGUUUAACCAUGGAAAUUUAAGAUCUCGACAUCCACGGUUGCUGUUUUGCCACAAAAACACUCCAAGGCCAAACCCCUGGUUGUCCUUCAUUCCAGCAGAUAUCUACCACUUUUUUGGGGGGUUUGAUGUUGAGCCUUUUCAAAGGUUAUGUAAUCAUAUACGCAAAACCAGAACAAGAAACAUCUCAGCAGCAAAAUGACUUUCUUCCCUAGAAAUAUAUAAAUAUACAAGUGUAUAGACGACUGAGCAACUCGAGGACAACCUCAUAGAACGGGAGUUGUUAGAUUAUAUCCGUUCCCUGCUUUGAGGUGAUGACAGGUCGUCAGUGAGAUUUAGUUUCCUUCUUUACGUACCUUGUGCAUUUCUGGAACAAGUCACAAUGCAAAGUGUCCAUAAAAGGAAAAAAAAAAAGAAAAAGAAAGAAAAACUGCAGACAUAAAUGAAGUGCUAUGGGCUUUUUUUUUCUCGAUAUUUCUGUUACAAUUUGUCAUAAACAAAAAGGGAAAAGACACUUAUAGGAAAAUGUGCCGCAAGUCCCUGGUGUUUUGGCAGCGGGGAAUGCGAAAGUUCAUAGCAGGUGACCAUGUUCUCAAUUUUGCUGCUGCAGCAAGUUUGCAAGCAAGGAUGGAAAGACUAUCGGUGUGAACUUUGGAGAGGAAAAAAAAAACACUUGAAGAAAAGUGGAAGUCUCAUUCUAUGAGGAUGUACAACUUGAACUUUAGUAUUCCAAUAUUCUCAGCUCUACUACAAGAACUAUGAAAAGAGAAAAUCUUAAAAAAAAAAAAAAAAAAAAAAAAAAAAAAAGUUUGUGAAAUGUCUAAAUAUUUGAAAUUCAUCCCACUGCUAUGAUAAAAAUAUGAAAAAAGAUGUGUUUUCCCUACUUACGACCCCUGUUUGGAGGAAAAAAAAAUGAUCGGUGAUCUUGGGAAGUACAUUUUAUUUGUUGAACAGCGCUAAAUCUGGUUUACAAAACAAACAUUAUUUUGAUAAACUCCUCUGCAUCACAAGGUCUCUUUUCAUUUGGAAUAUUUUUUAUCCAUCAUCCAACAUAGCAGAACUUCAUGGUUUGACCAAACUUUUAGUUUGUUUCCUCAAUGCAUCAACAUGUAUGCGAGUGUGUGUGUGAGUGUGUGUGUGUGUGCGUGUGUUACCUUUUUUUAUGUUUAUAGUCUCUCAUUUUUUUGAGUUGUACACCAUCACCAGAUAUCCCACCAACCCCCACAAGCCUCUUCUUCUACCCUGAGUGCCCCCUGUUCUUUCUAAAUGUUCUUGUAAAGUGUUCCAGUGAGAUGACUCUAAAUAUGUGUAUAUUAACAGAAAGGGAAUAAAAUUGGUUAUAUACUUCUUA